GGGAGGUGAACAUCUGGCUCUCACUCAUGUCUGCACGUGCAUGUGAGCGACAAGACGAGAAGACACUUGGAGGAAAGUUGUAUGCGAAAGGAAAUCCUCGGAAGAAACCUGGCCAGAGACGGACUGGAGCUGCAGCAUGGACAGAGAAGAAGGAGUGAUGAGCACCAGCCUUGAUGCUCCUUCGAGUCCGAGGCAGCUGACUGGGUUGGGGAUGAACUGUCUUUUCGGUGAAAAAUACAGACACCCUGGUCCAGGUCUCGCCAGUCCUCAGGAAUACAACCAGUGGCUGCCUUAUCGCCAUGACGCCAGCCUCCUGCCCAUGAAAGAAGACCUGGCUUUCUGGCUCAACUCCAUGAUGGGUGUGGACCUCACCGCAGACGAUCUCGUGGAGAGGUUGGAUAACGGCGUUGUCCUCUGUCAGAUGGCACAGCUGCUCCAGGAGAAGAUGAUCGGCGGCGACGGCGGCAAGUCUUUUAUAAGACGAGUGAUCCACUGGCGACCUGAUGCCACUUCUGGAUCGUUUUUCGCCCGAGAUAACACGGCCAACUUCCUCUACUGGUGUCGCAAGAUUGGCGUGGAUGAGGCUUACCUGUUUGAGUCUGAGGAUUUGGUCCUUCACAAGCAGCCUCGGGAGGUUUGUUUGUGCCUGAUGGAGCUGGGAAGGAUCGCAGCCAGGUAUGGAGUGGAGCCUCCAGCGCUGGUGAAGUUGGAGAGAGAGAUAGAGAGGGAGGAGGCGGGUUGCUUAUCUCCAUCGUCCCCUCUGCCCCUUUCCUUUUUUCCCCCUUCACCAUUGUCCUCACCAACACAGACAUCCCGGCCCACAGCCCCCUCUCCUCCGCCUCCUUCUCCACCUGUGCCCCUCACUCCAAGCACAACCUGUGUGUCUGAACUCCUCGCUGCCUCUGAUCUUCCAUCAGCCACAACAAACCCAGUGCCUCCGUGUUUACCCCCUCCCCGCUCCUCCAUCCCAGCCUCUAACCCUUCUACAGCCACGGCCUCAACACAAACACCUUUGUUCUCCUCUCCCUGCUCUGUUAAUACACCUGCUUCGCUGCCACUAACGGCGCCAUCACCUGGCCAAACCCAGGAAGUCUCUUCUACCUCAGUAAACAACCACACUGCACCAGUUACACCUCCGGUCAAAUCCCCACCUGCAGUGCAAACUCCACGAUCCUCAAGCAGAUCCACAAGCAGGAGGAGCACGAGCACCAACAACAUUUUAGAUGAUAUAGUGAGAAACAUCAUUGAAAAUCCCCCCUGCAGCUGCGCCACCAGGUUCCCUGUGGAGAAGCAACCUAAAGGCUGCUACAGAGUCGGGGAUAAAGUUCUUUACAUACGGAUGCUGAACGAGCGUCACGUGAUGGUGCGCGUGGGCGGAGGCUGGGAGACGUUCAUCAGUUACCUGCAGAAGCACGACCCCUGCCGAGGAGGCGUGGCCGGCAGGUCCGAGGUCAGGGGGUGCAGGUUGAAAGCGAAGACGCCCACUUUGAACAUGUCGCCCGACAGCUACAUGGUGGUCGGCGCCCACCACUACCGGAGCAAGAAGUAGACUCUGAAACUGCUGCAGGCCGUGGAGAACAUUCAGUCAGACAAACACUCUGCAAGAACAAUGAUUUAAUACACAAUCAAACAGCUUUUGCCUUAAAUUUUUUAAAGAAAUCAAAGUGUUUCUCUGGUUCUACAUCUAAGCUGCGAGUUGAGUUAUUUUCAUCAGCAUCUAAGCCAAUAAGUAUGCAGCAUGCAGUUUGACUGAAAUCUAACAGGGUUUGUGAUUGGUUGUCUCCAGGUGAACAGGAAGUAGACCCUUUUCGAGAGCUACGCCACAGAAAUGUGCGCGUGCAGUUUUGGGGUCAGAAAAACACACAAACUUGUACAACAGUCCAACACAUGAGAUGCCUACAUGUUAUCACAAGUUAUCAUUUAUCAGCUCUUUCUGUCAGAUUACGGUGAAAAGCCGACGCUAUGAAACCUACGCGGCCUAAAGUUGGACGUGGCUAGCUUGUAGUUAGCUGCCGGCCGGCUAGUAAACAUGGUGCGCUAAAAGCGUUCCUUGUAAGACUUGUGUGCGCGUAGACUUUCUGACUUUCGUGAACACGCUAGGUUUAUAGCUAAUAUUAGCAUUAUUAUAUAUUAUAUAUUAGCAUAAUAUUAGAUAAUAUUAGCAAGUGGCCAGCUUUUCUCUAUAGGUAAGAGUGAAUAGCUAGCCACUUGCUAAUAUUAUCUAUCUACUAUCUCUUGCCGUCAGCUAGUGCUAAUUUAUUUAGAUAUUGUUUGCGUCCAUAUAUCGGCAACGAUAUAUGGACAUAUUCAGAAUUAUUCGGCGAAGGACAUACAUGCUAUUCGCUUACCUGUUGUGACGUUUUCUGAGCCCAAACUGCGUGCGCAUUCUCGCUAGGCUUUGAAUGUUUGUAUACAAUAAAAGGGUCUAUUCCAAAAGUAAAGAUGGGUGUGUGUGAAGAGGUGAGGAUCUAAAAUCACACAACAAAUGUAAUUAAAGAUCCAAAGUGUCAAAUAAUGAUACUUGUUUUUUGUAAUGUAAAACAACAACACUGUGUUUUUUUUUUACGGUAGCCCACAAUGGACAAACUAAGCAUCUUAUAAGUUUGAGUUUGAGGGCAACCUCACCAAUAAAUGAGUUUUACGCAAUGUACUUUUAAACACACAGUGCACAGAGUAAAAGCUGAAAGUUGCUCUGAUUGUGAGCAGAUUAACACAUUUUUACCAUAAUAUAUAGUUUUUUGUUAAUUGAUUUUAUAAAAUUGGUAUGAAAAAAGUUCUGUUAAGGAAUUCCGUAGUCUUUUUUUGAUUAACUGAGAAUGUCAAUGGUGUUAAUUUUCAUAUUUUUUUUUACAGUAACUUGUUGCGUUAUUGUAGUUUAGUCAUAUCAUCGUACCGUAGUUUGAUUUUGUAUUGUUUUAGACAUUAAAAGCUUAUAACAUGUUUUUAUAUAGAUGUGUGUGUGUUAUCAUUUUUCAUUUUAAUAUUCUUUUCAUGCUUAAUUUACUUCUUUCUUCCUACACCUGAUCUGUCACCUUCAUGAAAUGACUGCUGUUCUGUUCAUUUAUUAACAUAAUAUAAACAUAUGCAGGUGUGCGUCACUAUUUAUUUUGUUCAGUAACUAUAGGAAAAACUGA